AUGUUGAGGAACCUUCAACGUAUCUCGGUUGGCAGCCUAAAUCUCCCACUCAAUAAAGCAGUCUCUUCUUCGGACUCUGCAUCCAUUGCAUAUCUCAUCUUCCCAGACCCAACGCUCGAGUAUGGCACCACAUACAGAAUCACGGGAAGCGCCACCAGUGUACAGAUGUUCCGAUCACCACUGGCAUUUCAUCCCUCACCGCGACGACUACGAUCUCUUGACUUCCCCCUGGUACCGUUGGAAAGUACCACAAGAAGAGCAAACUCUGUUUCCCUCUGGUACCCCAAGUUUACGUAA